CUCCGCCCCCCCACACCACCCGUGGAUCUCCGCCUGCUUUUCACAGUCCCCCGAGAACAUUGUGGAUGUCUGAUUCCAGAGGGGGGGGGAAGAAAGAUAUCACGUCUGACCACACUAUCGACCGCACAACGUCCAAAGCGAAAAUCGAAAAAGUGCAGAAGACAGAGAGAAAACAGCGCUGUGCUUCGCGUGUGAUCGAGCCGACAGGGGCGGAGCGGCGGGUCGGUCCCGUGUACUCCACCGUGGACCACCGAGUUCCAGUGUGAGCCUCGCGUUUCAGUUUCCGAGUUGUGAUAUUGGGCUAUACACGUAAGAUUGACUUGACUGCUCUUUUUGGAGGGACGGUUCGUGUGGAAAAAAAACCCAAAACAAGGUGCAUCUAAUGAGAGAUGCUGCUAUAGAUCUGGUGUGGGAUCGAGGGUCGAGAAAAUCAGCAAACAAGAUGAGCACCAAGAGGAAGGCAGAGGGUCACAGCAGGGCGAACGUCGUCAAACUGCGAACGACCAAACCUGGGAAGUCCAAAACGGACUCCGAGAGAGACUCUGGAUUUUCAGAUGCAGGCUCGGAGCACAUGAGCAUGAUGGACACCACAGACUCAGAGGACUCACCACGCCCUGUUGAGAAGCAUGGUCCGAGUUCAGGGGCCAAGCCUUCACAGAUAGCUGUGGUGGGGAGCUCCUACUCCAGACUCUCCCCUAUGAUCAUCAUGAACAACGUUCUUCUCAAGCAGCCCGGUGACAACCCCCCUGCCCUGAAGCCAUGGGGAUUCAGUCCUACUGUGGAGGUGGUUCAGCCGGUGGUACAGCAGCCUCAGGUGGUCUUCCUCCAGCCCGUGGUCUCACACCAAACUUCGUCUGCCUCCAAAGAGGCCUCCUCGAGACGCCGACGUUCGAAAAAGUAUCUCCCCAUCCUCAAGUCUUACCCCAAGAUCGCUCCCCAUCCUGGAGAUGGUUCCAGUUCUUCAGGAAGAGGGACUUCUUCCUCAUCCUCCUCUUCCUAUUCCUCGUCCUCCUCGUCAGGGUCCGAGAGAGGCAGCAGUUUGGCCUUGAACCACCAGGAACGCUCUCAAAAAGACAAACAGCUGCAGAAACCUCUUUUUGUUUGUCCUAGCAAUUCUGGGACUACCACUCCAAGUCAGCCUGCUCCUUCUAUCUCCGUUUCCCCUCUGCUUCAGUGCAGACUCAAUCUUCCCUUGUCAGAAACCAGCGUUGGCAGCAGUCCUGCCAGGGAGGCGCCUUCGCCAGCUUUCAGCCAGUCAGAGUUCAGUCCCUCUGUGUCCCUCACUCCUUCAAACCACACUAGCAGCUCCAACACUCAGACAGACCCCAUCCAAUCAGUCAGUGUUGCCACCCAAGAACGCAGCUGCGACGAUGAAGGCAACUUUAUCGACGGCGACCCUGAGACCAAGAGGAAGCGGUUCUGCAAUACUUACAACAUUCUGAGCAAGUCCGGCCUGUUAGACAUCACACUCAGAACCAAGGAGCUUCUAAGACAGAAUCGACGCACUCAGAGUGACCUAGACCGUCUGAAGGAACACACCAACCUCUUCCUCCAGGCCUUGCGGAGUGGAGACACUAGCAUUUAUGUCAACCUCCAGACCAGCCUCCAGCAAGAGGACAGGGAAAAAGAGAGAGAAGGGGAUGCCCAGGGCAGCUCAAAGGCAGAUUAGGCCUAGACUAAGCCUAGACAAUAAUCCUUUAGUCUAAGAUGGGCAAAGCUAGGAUAGGGUGGGGGGGUUAGAGCAGUCAGAGACAGCUGGACUGGAAGUAAUGUGCCCCACAAUCCACCCGCCUUUGGUCUCACUCACGCAGACAGUGUGCUGUGACCUACAUUUUGGCUGCAAUCUGCCACAGCCAAAUGCAGCCAGGGUCGCAGCUGAAUUUUCCCAUUGUAUGCAGCCUGGCUAGAUCUCCACUGAAACUGCCUUGCCGCUUUCCAGAAAUCCUUUAAUCAUUGGCAGUUACUGACAAUUAUUUCACUGAUAAGGCCUGUGAUCUCCAACAGACUUCAGAAGAUAAGGCACAAAAGAGUGAACACAUUCUGUAGAUUAAAAUCUGCCAGACUGGGUUAUUUUCACCAUAAUAAUGCAUGGCACAGUGUAGUUAGUUUUUAGCUGGUACUCGUAUUUCCAAAAACAGAACAUCUGCUGUUUGGACAUGUACUGAAAGCAUUAACAUCUCUGUUGAUAAGAACAUGAUUUAAAUCCUCUAUAUAAUAUAGAUCUGUAAAUCUGAUCCAAACCUGAAGAUGAUGAGGUGCUACCCAGCUCAUCGAUAAUGGAUCAGUUAAGACAACUCCUUGUCAAGUGGGCUUUGCUAAAGAACAUCAAAAGUACAUGUUAAGAAUUGAAAUGACUCAAUGCUGGUAGCAGCCAUGGUGUAAUAUCUGUGUUUAUCAGGAAUGUAAAUAUAUACUCAUGUCUCACAGAAUAUGUCCAGGGCCUCUGACCUAUUUGCAUCUUCAAACAGAGGAACGUGUGCCUAAAGUUUCAUCUGAGUUUCUGCUGUAUUUUGAAACUUUUCAUGUUAAAGAUUCUGCACAGACCAUGAACACCUCAUACACUCUUAGCAUUCCUAUCAUGUUAGUGGCAGCUGUAAUACCUAAAAACAGUGACUGGGAGUGAUGCUUUUAACAAAACGGUGCAUUCAGGUGCUUCCCAACAAGGUAUCAUUCAAGCGUAAUGUGUGCUUCCUAUAGCUCAUAACAAUCAUUAUUAAUAGAUUGAUGUAUGUACAAUUUUUAGUUCUCAAGGGCUGGGGAUAUAAUGGAAAGAAUCAAUGUUGCCUAGCAUACAACAAAGUACACAAUAGCUUCUGUUAUUUCUCUGUUUGGAGUUACAAAUGGCAAGAGCGCAAAAGGAUUGUGCAAGAAAUUGAAACGACAUUGAAAAACAACCAUAAAGACAAUUCCACUUGUGAAGCACAGUGGUGGUAUGUGUACCGAGGGGCUCAUUAUUCAAAUUAGACAGCAAUUUAACUUUUCGUUCAAGUAUUUGAAACAUUCAACCAACAGAAAAUAUAACCCAAGUCCAAAGUUUUCAACCACAUUUUUUCUUUUUCUUUUUUUAACCCAAGGAGUCAUCAUGGCCUUAAUAUCUAAACCUUAUGUAUAUUGUGUACUUCUGCAUUUGCACUAAAUAUUCUGGGAGAAGCUCUGCAGCAGUUUGUACUUAAAGGUACUUAAAGGCUAUGGCGGCUUAUUUGGAAAAAAAUGUCUGCAAAGAUCCCCUUAGAUGAACUUCACUUGCACUUCCGUGUUAUGAGGUGUCCUUAGCACACUAUUAAAUGUUGCUAGCAAAUCCUUGCAUCAUAAUUGCUGAAAUCCCAUGAAUUGGAAGGCUAUCAUGCAUUUUAAUAAAUUAUACAUUUGCCAUGCCCGUGUAAUGGCAGAACUACUAGCAAUAUAAUACUUUUUUCAAACCAAGUUUUCCAGAUUGUGGGGUAUAUGGAGCUAUAUAGCAUGAUGCAUCGUUUGAUGUUCAGAAUGUGCUCAUGAUGCCUUAUAACACCUUUAUGAGGAAGACCUUAGGUAAAGUUUGAGGAGUUUUUCUAAGGGGUGUAUUUAUUUUCUCCUGUCUAGUCUUUUGUCAUCUGCAUCUGAAUAUACACAAAAAUCUUGUUUACUUACAGCAGAGUUUUGCAACACAUGAUUUUUUUAUACAAAAAAACAAACAAAAAUAAACAAUUAGGGGGAUGUGUUAGUAAGAAGCAAGAUUGUGAUUUUCCAUAAGGCUAUGAUAAGUCUACUUUUAACAGACAGUGGUUUAUUUAUAUGCAAUAUAUGCAUAAUUUAAUGAAGGCCUUAUUGAGAUUUUCGGUCUUAUGGUGAUGCAAGAUUUUUCCCCGCAUGUACAGUUCUGCUACUAAGCUGCACAGCUAUUAAACAGUACUACACAAAGACAGAUCCAGAUUCAAAAUUUCAGGCAAUACUCUUGUAUUGUCUUGGCCAAACAAUAGAAACUCCAAUGUGUUUGCCCCUCAGUUUUCACCACUACCGGAAGAAAUUGUUUGUCCUCUAAGAAUUGGGCUAUGCCCAAUGCAUGAUGUUUAUGUCCAAUGACGAUGACUGGGGAAGAAAUUUGAUAGGGUAUUUGCCAGAAAUUCCGUUUUUGUUUUUUCCCCCUCCCCCUAUCGUUGCAUAUUUCCUUAUCAACUUCUCUCUGGUUUCAGUUCUCUAGCAUUUCUACACAUUCUGGAACUUUAUUUUGAAUCUUUCUCAAACUUUUGGCGUACAGUUUAACAGGAAAUCAGAAGUCCAUCCAUCCAUCCAUUAUCCAAACCGCUUAUCCUGUUCAGGGUCGCGGGGAUGUUGGAGCCUGUCCCAGCAGUCAUUGGGCGGGGAGACACCCUGGACAGGCUGCCAGGCCAGUAGAAGUCAGUAUGCGGAAACCAGUUGAUCUACAACUGAAAAGUUAAUGUACUAUGUCAGCAUAAUUUUGGCAUGACAAAAUUUCUUUCUGGCUCAAUAUGGCCAUCAAGAGCUCAUCUUGUAUGGAAAUUGUCAUUCGCAAGACAUCUGUGUAUUAGGUAGUAGCAAAUCUAAAAUGAGGAUUAGUUGGUAAAAUUGCUAAAAUUGGCGCCCUUCUUCACUGGAUCCGAUUCAUUGAGAUUCAGAUUGGUAUAUUUUUUUAGUUUGCGUUCGUUAAGAUUACUGCAACUUUAAUGUACUAGACCACUGGCUUUGUUGCCCCUAGAGAACAUGUUUCUUUCUGACUCCUCAACUGUAUUGUGAAAUGGGCAUAUUACUUGACCACUACUUUGUAUUCAUUAUGAAAUACUGUAAUAUUCAGAGAAGGAAAUGAAGUGGAUAGUGACUGUUUGGACCGUGUACAUUUUACAUUAAUUGUGUAACACCCGUGGACAACAACUUGUGAUUAUAACUAACUGAAACUGUUGGAAAUGCAGUGCAUUUGCUUGUGUGACAGUUAACCAUAUGGCACACAGGCCUGUGAGUCUGAGUUGCUUAUGCAUAUGUUGGCAGCUGUUUUUUUUCCCCCGUGUAUUUCAAUGAGCUUUCUCAUCUCAAAGAUGCUGAAAUGUGAGAAUUGUGUUGUUUUUAUUUUAUUUUUUAUCUUUGUCUAUGUAGUGCAUCAGAAAUGUUGGACAUACAACAUAUUUGUCCAAAUACAUGAAUGUGCACCAGUUGAUUUUUAUGUCAAUUUUAAUUCAUUAAAUUAUGAAUUUUGUCAUGAAAUAUGUUUGCAAACUGGUCUUUAACAAAUGGCUCCAGAUAAAUGCAAUAUCUGGCUGGCGAUGAAGUUUUUUUUAACUUGUUUUUUUUUUUUUUACUAUAAAUCAUAUGAUGACGGCUAAAUAUUUAAGGGGACUGUGAAUUCUUGUUCUACACCCCGCUGUGUCUAAUUUUGAAGAGCUACUGCUAUGUAUUGAGAGUGAACCUCUGGGAAGAUUGUCUUCCAAUACAAAUUAUAACACUUCAGCCAUACAAUCAAAGUCUCUUCAGGAAGAAAACACUGAAUGGUUUUGUGUAAGAAACUUUUUGGACAUUUUCAAGUAAGGAGCCGUUGCUUGCAUAAUAAAUAUCAUUCCAAAGA